UCAGAAUUAAAUUGAACUCGUCGGCCGACGUCCGCUCCUUUCCCGUUGGUUGCAAUUGCUUGUUACAUAGGUCGACUUUCAGGUUAUACGCUGCUCGGUUGGGAAUAAGUGACGGUGGAAGCAUUAUUUCAUUUCAAUGCCUGAAGAAAUGGAAAAUGCCGCUGUGAAUGGACAAGAUGCUAACAAGGUGAUAUCAACCAUGAAAUAUCAAGAGAUUACUAUUCCAGUGCCUUGGGGCCACAUUUCAGGCAAAUGGUGGGGUCCUACUGACAAACAACCAAUUCUUGCAAUUCAUGGCUGGCAAGACAAUGCUGGUACCUUUGACAUGCUUGCUCCUCUCAUAGCUGUAGAGGGAAUACCUGUGUUAUGUGUAGAUCUUCCUGGGCAUGGCCACAGCUCACCAUUCCCAACUGGCAUGUAUUACUACCUCUUCUGGGAUGGCCUGCAGAUUGUCAGCAGAAUCAAGACGCAUUACAAGUGGUCGAAGUUACGAUUUAUCGGCCACUCGUUGGGCGGAAUCAUUUCUUUUAUGUACGCAUCCUCAUUCCCUGAUGAAGUGGAGUCCUUCACUUGUAUAGAUAUAGCUUCGCCUGCGGUAGUUUCACCCAGCAGUGUGGUGGACAAAAUCGGCCGCACCGUUUCGCAAUUCCUCAAGUACGAGACGCUUCCGAAGGAAUUGCAGCCUUCUUAUGACUACGAGGAAAUGGUGAACACUGCAGUUGCUGGUUAUAAUGGUUCUUGCACUCGUGAGGCUGUCGAGAUAUUGUUGAAACGCGGAAUGCGGCCGGUGGCAGGUAACAAGUAUGUGUUUACAAGAGAUCUUCGCCUGAAGGCCAUGGGACUCGCGAUGAUUGGCAUUGAUGAGGCAAUGGCUAUGGCAAAACGGAUCACCUGCCGGGUGUUGAACAUCCGCUGCGAACCAGGCAUGAAACUCGCGAAUCCAGAGUAUUACGAAAUGGUUAUGGAAGAAUUGGCGAAGAAUGCGACGCUCGAGCGUCACACUGUUCCAGGCAUGCAUCACUUGCAUCUCAAUGAUGCAGCCAGCAUCGCACCGAUUGUAAUUGAUUUCCUGCAGGCCGGGAAAUAAUUCGGCGCGUGGAUAGUUAAUUAGGCGAAAUUUCACACAUUUUCCAAUAUUUUUUAUUAGUUUCGGUUACUUAUUCCGUUAGGUAUUAGCUGAAUUAAUUUAUUGCAAUUAUUUUAUUGAACAAUUGACUAUUGUGAUACGUUCAGGUUGAUUUUGAGGAAAUUGAACGAGUGGUGUGGUUUUGCACAAAUUGUUACAAUCUUAGGAUAUUCUUUGUUAUAUUUAUACAUUAGACUACUGGUAAAUCAUGUUUGUAUGUAGAUUAACUUAAAUAAAAUUUAUAUAUUUA